ACCUGCCCCUGAUUUCUACUUCGCUUUUCUGCCCCGGAUUGACCCCACCGGGCUUCCGUACACACGCACAGGCGGCAUGGUGGCCAAGGUGGUGAAGUUGGCAGCGGUACCCACUGCUCUGGGUCUGGCCUCGUUCCGAGUUUACGCAAUGAAGAAGGAAAAGACGGACGGUCAGAUUCCACCACGGGAAUUGUCUAUCUACAGUGCAGAGCCUCCAGAGCUAGGAUGUGUGGAGGAGAAACCAGGACACCUGCAGACCAGGCUGGGGCAGAUGAGAGUGGGACUUCAGCCUUAUGUCAAGGUCGUGCAGAAUACGUUUACUUCAGUCAAAGUUGGUGCCGUCUCCAUAUACCAGGCUGGAGAAGACACGUAUGAUUUCCUGAGGGACCCGAACCCCGGUUUCCUGCCCAGAGUUGGUGUGAUCACUGUGUCUGGACUGGCUGGUCUCAUCUUAGCACGCAAGGGGUCCAGGUUGAAGAGACUCGUUCUUUCUCUGGGGUUGAUGUCGGCUGGUGCUGCUGUUUGCUACCCCAUGCAUACUGUUGGAGUUCUGAAGAUGACGGGUAAGAAAGUGUAUGCUGCCAGCUCAUUGGUUGCCUCUGCGUUCAAACUCAAAGAGAAGAGCGAUGUUCCUGAUGCAUGUCUGAAGCAUCCAUCAGAAGAGGCUGUAAUUAAGGUUGACCACCAGCUUGAUGGACUACUAGAAAAGGUUCCCUCGUUUCCAGAGGGGGAAUCUGGAUUAGAGGACGCCUCAGUUCCAAACGAACUUUCCCCUGUGUCAAGGGUUUCACCAACUACACAUGCUAUCGCUGUUGUGCCAAAGGCAUCCUUAGCUACAGAUGUUAUUGCAGAUGAUGUUGCCCCUGCAUCAGAGGGUUCUUCCGCUAUAGAAGUUGCCCCUAGUUCUGCAGCUGUGGGUAUUCCCCAGGUAGAGGUUGUUUCAGUUGUUGAUCGUACUGCUGGGCCAGACUUGGCUCCAGAGGAUCGUAUCCCAUCAGGUGGAACGAUUACACCUGCAGAGACAGCUGAGGAACCAAAGGAUUUAACAGAUUUCAAAGUUUCCCCAGCAGAAGAAGCUCCUGUGGAUAUUGCUCCAGAAAUAACUCCAGCUGAGGCUGUGGUAGUUGUCCAGGAUCACCUUGCAGAAAUUUCUCCUGUUGUAGGCAAUACAUCCGAUAUCAUGGAAGUUAAACAAGUUAUUGAACGUUUGCCUGAAUAUGCAGUGCCAUUAGAUAAAGCUGCUCCCCUUGCUCCUGAGGAAACUACACCUUCUCCCCUUGCUUCUGAGGAAACUACACCUUCUCCCCUUGCUUCUGAGGAAACUACACCUUCUCCAGUUGCUCCUGAGGAAACUACACCUUCUCCCCUUUCUCCUAAGGAAACUACACCUUCUCCCCAUUCUCCUGAGGAAACUACACCUUCUCCCCUUUCUCCUGAGGAAACUACACCUUCUCCCCUUUCUCCUGAGGAAACUACACCUUCUCCCCUUUCUCCUGAGGAAACUACACCUUCUCCACUUGCUCAUGAGGAAACUACACCUUCUCCCCUUGAUCCCGAAGAAGGUACAACUCCUCCACUUGCUCCUGAGAAAACUACAUCAUCUCCUCUUGAUCCUGAGAAAACUACACCUUCUCCCCUUGCUCGUAAAGAAACUACAGCUCCCCCUGCUGUAGAAGUGGCUACAUCACAAGCUAAAGGAAAGACCCGGUUUGUUCCCGACCCGUCUUUACUGGACCACGGGCAGGCUCAUCCUGAAGAUGCUGACUUGUACAGCACCAGGGGAAAAAACUAACGAUGCAGUAAAUACGUUUGAGAAUUGAACAGUGGAUGGUGAGAAAGACGGAGUUCUGGUUUGAGAUGUACCUCAAGUAUUCAUAAAAACACACCAAGAAUAAGAAGAGUUACUACAGAAAAGACUCGGAUACACAGACUAACAAACAAACUGUUCUUUAAUGCAAAAAAAACACACAAUAACUCGUUUCCACACAGCUGAUGAGAAUAUCAACGCAUAUCUCAAUCGUUACAUAGAAAUCGAGCCAUUGCUGUUUAAUACUGUGAACACCUCGUUUUAUAGAACAAAACUUUAAUCUUCUCAAAAUAAUCACGACACACUAUUUGGCUUUUACUUCCUGUACUGUAGGAAAUGAUGUGCUGUCUGUGCAAUAGAACCAGAAAAAGAAUCCUGUUUUGGUAUUUUGUUUUGUUUUAACUGAAAAUCCAACUAAGUAGUUAUUCAAUAAGAAAUAAAAAUAAAUAAUAAAUUUGGUUUGUCGUA